UCUGUGUGCAGAGCACUGGGCUAAGCGCUUAAACCAGCCACCGCACAGGGGCAGCCCGCCCUGCUGCAGGAAGGCCUCCCCGGGCACGGACGGCGUCCAAACUAUAGCCCCGCGUCCUCCCGGCAACUCUCACCGACGGCCGGACCAGCAGUCAAGAUCAGCCAGGCUUUGAACUCCAGCUCCCCAAUGCCGGUGAGAGGUCGAACUUGGGACCUGAGGAGAUGAGACGCCAGGCCGCCUUCCUGCUACCCUCUCUGGUCCUUCGGAUGCAACCCGGCUCCCCAGCCCAUCCCACCGCUCGCCUUCCUAGCCAAGGGGAGCAGCAGCUGGGGCAGUGAAGUCUGCCAAAGGCGGAGGAUGUCUGUCCAAGGGGUCAUUUCUAACCGAACUUCACAGCCGUCCUCACCUCCUUCUGAUUACACUUGGGAGUACGAGUAUUACGAGAUUGGACCCGUUUCAUUUGAAGGACUGAAAGCUCAUAGAUAUUCCAUUGUGAUUGGAUUUUGGGUUGGUCUCGCGGUCUUCGUGAUCUUCAUGUUCUUCGUUCUGAUGUUGCUGACGAAGACGGGAGCCCCGCACCAGGAGAACACAGAGCCGUCCGAGAAGCGGUUUAGGAUGGACAGCUUGGUCCCGGAGCUGGGCGGCAGAGCGGCGCCGGAGGCGGACAGGGCCUUCUCCCGCCACGUCCCCGACGAGUCCAGGUCCCUCUUUCACUGCUACAUCGGCGGAGUGGAGCCGUCGGACAGGGCGGCCGUGGGUCCCCGGGCUACCGGCCUGGGUGGCGGCGUCCACCUCCAGGAGGCCCUCGGGGGCCCCGGGCGGGGGGAGGACGACCUCAACGGCCUUCUGAAAUUCAACAUCCCCAACUUUGUGAACACGGACCCUGGCUCCUCCUUGGGCGAGGAUGACCUCCCCGUUUCGGGGGCGCCGAUGCCUCUAGAAAACAGGCCGGGCUCCCAGGCCUCUCACACUGUCCUGGACUGAGAGGCCCACGGUCCCUCGGCGGUUUGGGUGGCCUCGACUGUCACGGCACGGAGUUUGGGGGGUGAACCAGCCUGCUCUGGCUUCCCAUCCUUGGGUUGUG